AUGGAGGAGGAAGUGGACAGCAGACUAUGCGUGUGCGUGAGAGCCAGACACCGAGGCGCAUGUCUGCAGCGGAGAGCAGACAAGGAGCGCCUGUCUGAGUGGAAAGGCACGCUGCUGGCUUCGCUGCUUCGUCAGAGCAGCGCGCACCCGGAGGACACCUGUGGGCUCCAGGAGAGACGCGCUGGCUCUCUGCUCCAGAGGAGAUACUUGGUUCCCCCCUCUCGUCCUGGGCUGAGUUCCCACACUCUCUCUGAGCUGGGGACACUUGAAGAAUUCCCGAAGCGAAAUGGAGACGACAGACGGCCACUGCUCAAGUAA